AUGAGCAAUCAAGCCGAAGAGGCGGAGACGCCCAUCCUCUGCGAAACGUGCCUAGGCCCCAAUCCGUACGUGAGGAUGAGCAAGCAGCCAAUGGGAAAGGAAUGCAAGGUGAGUGGGUCUGCUCGCUCGCGGGUUGCCGCGUGCUGCCGCGUGCCCACCUAACGAACGCCAUGCGCGCGACCCACAGAUCUGCGAUCGACCAUUCACAGUGUUUCGAUGGAACCCUGGCUCUGGGAUGCGCUUCAAAAAGACGGAACUGUGCACGACGUGCGCCAAGAUCAAGAAUGUAUGCCAGACGUGUGUGCUUGACUUGCAGUAUGGCUUGCCGGUUCAGGUCAGAGACACUGCCAUGGGCUUACAGAAUCAGAUGCCGAGCGGGGAGAAGAACAAGCUGUAUUAUGUCCAGCGAUUAGAGGCACAGGCGGUGAGUUUGUCGCUGGCUCUCCCAAGGUGUGGUGCCGCUAAGUCGUGCUGAAAGUCGAGUCGACCGCGCAUCCAUCAGGCUGAACAGGGUGGCGAUCAGUCCUUGUUGCCCUCUUCCGGCCCAGCUUCUCGUGCCGGCUCAGACUUGCUCAAGCAACUUUCUCGUCAGCGAGGAAAUCCAAUGGGGGCCGCGCCAAGCGGCAGUGCUGGUGGGACCUCGUCAGAUCCGUACAGGAGGAACCGAUCGCACUUGUGCAGCUUUUACGCCAAGGGCAACUGCACGCGAGGUGAUGCCUGUCCAUUUCGUCACGAGCUGCCGGUGGAUAACGAGUUGAGCAAGCAAAACAUCAAAGAUCGGUGAGCAGUACACGGAUGCGCCAUGUCGGAAGCCUUCACGUCUGACACAUUCGUCCACAGAUACCUCGGGCGCAAUGACCCGGUCGCCAAAAAGAUUUUGCGCACGCAAGCCGACGAAGCGGGCCUCACAGCACCAGAAGACCAGACUAUUGUGAGAGGACGACGACGACGUAGAGGUGCGCGGUAGCGAAGCUCAUCUCUUGCUUGCCCCCCCCCCCGCAGACUUCGCUUUUCCUAUCGUCAUUGCCACCCACCGCUACCGAGGACUCUUUGCGGACGUACUUUGUGACGACGGUGCCCAACCUAGCGCCCGAAAGCAUCAAGUCCAUCACCCACGUCCCCACGUCAAAGUGCGCCUUUGUCAAUUUUAAAAGGCGAGAAGAUGCCGAGAGCGCAGCUAUGCGCUGCGCAGUCAAGGUCUUGAUUGAUGGCAAAGAAGUGCGCGUCGCGUGGGGAAGGAGUCGCAAAGGCAAGUCUGGCGGCGGCAAGAAGAUCAGCAGCGACGCGCCAGAGGAUGGACGAGACUUUGGACUUUAG